AUGAUUAAAGGUUUUUAUUUAAAAUUCCCAAAAAAUUAUCAAGUAUUUUUAAUGCAAGAGUGCUCCACUUAUCAUAUUCUGCCAUAACACUAACUUUUUAAUUAAAAAAAUGAAAUUAUGAAUAUAAAAUCACUUAAAACAAAAUUAAAUAAGCUUUUGAAGAAGGCAAAAACUUUGUGA